AGAGCGAGAUGAUGUGUGUGUGUGAGAGAGCGCUUCACUGUUGUGCAGCAAGACUCCUUGCUGCGCACACAAAUGGAGAGGAAAUUAGCAGCAGGCAACACCGAGUGAACAACCAGGGGGUUUGGAGGCAUAUCCAUUCAAGCAUCACUUUUUUCUGGUGACUCUUAGGUGCCUGAGCCGUGCAAUGUAAGGAUAAGAAAUGGCAGAGAGUGGAAAAAAUGGGGAAAGAGGAAGACAGAGUCAAGGAGGGGGAAGUUGCAGACUCCCCCAUGAACCCCAGAGCCCAGCUCAACGCCUUUCUCCUGUUGCCCCCGUCGGUGCCACCUCCCAUGGGACAAAAAGGCACCUGCCCCGAGGCAUUGUGAUCCAGCUGACUGGGACAGAGGGAGACUGGGACAGCGUGGAUGACAGUGAGCUCAUCUUUGCCCUUGAUCAUGAUGAGGACUACCCAUCCAUCUCACUGUCCAAGGAGAGGCAGCUUUCUGUUGAGGAUGAUAGGGGACUGCAAUCCUCAGAUUUCCAUGUGCCGCUCUCCCCUUCAUCCCCCAGUUCUCUGGGGAAUUGCUCCACUGCGGGUCCAAGCUUCCUCUCGCCAGGCCCACCUUCACCCACCCAUCGACCUUUAGCCAGCCUGGUCAAGUCUCUCUCGACUGAACUGGAACUGAAAGAGGGCUCCACGUUGCGACCCAGACCCCUUCUCAGCCUCGUCAAAUCGAUCUCUACUGAAAUCUCCCGUUCAGAACCCGAAGUGUCGCAGUCAAAAUCCGACUCCCGCCUCAAUCUCCAUCUGUGGAAGCAGCUGACCCAGCCUAAAAACCGUAGCAAUGGCGACUCUCGCACUGCUCCGCCCUCUCCUAGCUCACUUUCCCCAAGUGGAGAGGCUCUGAAGGGGGGCUUCUUCAAAAUGGAGCUAGAGGACACCAAGAGGAAGCUCACAGAGGCUGUUCAAGAGCCUCUGAGCAGCAUGUUCAGUAAGAUCAUGAGGGAGGAGAGUGCAGGCAGCCCCAAGCACCAGUGUCGGACCAACACUGCUCAACAGGCUGGCUCCUACAGCACCAAAGGCUUGGGGCGGGAGGGCAGCAUGGAUGUAGGCGUUUCAGAGUCUCCUGUGAGGAGUGCUAAGAAAACAGACACAGAUUCCCUGCCUGCAUUUGACUGGCCUUAUUCUGUUAGACAUCCUGGGAGAACCCACAAUAGCACUUGCCCUGUGCAUCAUGGCAGGCAAAAUCACAGGGACGAGAAGUUGGAAAUAUGCACAGAUGGUGACAUGAUACAAGUGGUUGCCAUUGAGACACAUAGGCAGGCACAGGGAUUGCCUGUUGGUCCUCUGGUCCCUGCAGGACACUUGGUCAGGGCCCCUCUUCUUUACCCUCCCCCUCCUCUGCCACGGAUGAGUCUUUUCUGUGUGGCUGUGUUGUCCUAUGGAUAUUUUACAUUACCUCUCAGUCCCUACAUGUCUGGUCUAGCUCUGGGACUGGCGCUUGGCUUCUUGCUGGGUCUGUUUCUCAUUCGGCUAGGCUCCUCCAAGUCUCACUUCUCAGCACGUAGAUCCGCACAGGCCCUGCUGGGACAGGAGGUUCUGGCAGGUGACACUGUCAGCACUGAGCCCAGUGUACUAAAGGGCUGGAUGAAUGAGAUUUAUGAGUAUGACCCAGAGACCUACCACCCAUCCCUGACACAGUCGGUGUUUGCCACCCUCGAGGGCUCCUGUCUCCGUCUGGACUCCCCGCGAACUAACAUCAGCCGCAGGGCCACGUACGACGAGAAGCUCCACGAGGCUACUUUUGUCAAGUCCCGCUCGUUCCAGCUGGCAAAGAGCAAAGUGUUCCUGCAGCCAUCUGUGUUGGCCCGUAAGAGAAAGUGGAACCCAAAAUAUCCCAUCUGCAUCCAACUGGCUGGGCAAGGAAAUUCCCUGGAGGAGGAGGAGAAGGAAAAAACUGGUUUGGACGAGAGCCGAGGAGAGGAGCCAGGCGUUGAACCGGCAACUCCAAGACAAACAUCCUCCAAACCCGUCCACGGCCUUCCCACCACUCUCUACCUAUUCGGCCGCACAGGCAGAGAGAAGGAAGAGUGGUUUCGCCAGUUCCUGUUUGCAUCCAUGGACACAGAGAGGGAAAAACAGAGGCCUGGCAGAUGUGUGACCAGAUCGGGUGAUCCAGCAGCAGCACAGACCAUGAGUGCCUCCAGUAAUUUUGCAAGCAGCCGUGGCUCCAGCAGGGUGGGCAGCACUGAAGACGAGGCCCCCUCCACCCCAUCAUUACCCUCCAUCCCUGCAGGUCCCGCCAGCCAGACCUCCAGCUGCACCAGGGGCCAUUCUCUGCUCGACUACCCCAGCUACAUGGCUCGUCUCCUGGCCACAGAGGAGCACAGCCCCCUUUCCAGCCCUGGAGCCGGCAGCACGGAGACAAGCCCCAGGAAAGGAAACUGUACCUGUAGUCCCCCAGUAUACCGCAGGGAGGGACAGACUGCAUGGGCUAACGCUCUGAUUGGUCGAGUCUUCUGGGAUUUCCUCCGGGAGAAGCACUGGGCUGACAUCGUUUCCCACAAGAUCCAGAAGAAGCUGAGCAAAAUCAGACUGCCUUACUUUAUGAAUGAGCUGACUCUGACUGACCUGGAUAUGGGCUCCUGCAUGCCGCAAAUCACCUCCGCCUCCAGACCAGAGGUCAACCACAGAGGCCUGUGGCUGGAGCUGCAGCUGGAGUACAGCGACACCCUGCAGAUGACUCUGCAGACCAAGUUCAACCUGUCCAAACUGGGCAAGGAGGGUGGCCAGGAAACAGACUGUACCAGUGACACAGGCAGCCAGGGCUGCAGGCCCAUCCUCAGCGUGUUGGCGGACAGCGACGAGGAGUCUUCCAGUGCCGGCUCAUCUGACGAGGAGGAAGUGCUUCUAUCGGAGUCUCAGGGGCCUUCAGGGGAGAAGGGAUCCGCGCCUGGACCUGAGGGGGCAGGGGGUGGCAGGACGGGAAGGAAGAUUUUGAGAUUUGUGGACAAAAUCGCUAAAUCUAAGUACUUCCAGCGGGCGACGGAGAACGAGUUCAUCAAGAAGAAGAUUGAAGAGAUGUCCAACACGCCCCUGCUGCUCACGGUGGAGGUUCAAGAGCUGUCAGGGACGCUUGUCAUCAACAUCCCACCGCCACCUACAGACAGGAUAUGGUACAGCUUCUGUGUGCCACCUAAGCUGGAUCUGCAUGUCCGUCCCAAACUAGGGGAGAGGGAGGUGACUUUCUGCCAUGUGACUGAGUGGAUUGAGAAGAAGCUCCAGGACGAGUUCCAGAAAGUUUUUGUACUGCCCAACAUGGACGACAUCUACUUACCCCUGAUGCACUCUGGGAUUGACAGUCCUCCAGCAUCCCAACAUCUGUCCUCUCAAUCCCAGCGAUCCCAUAAUUCCUCCACAGAGUCGAUAGAAAGGAUCCCACCAGAGAUCUCUGGGGAGUCUGACUAGUGCCUCCCUGUGGCUAAUCAGUGCUAUAGCAGCACAUUUUGACUUUUUUUUUUUUUUCCUACUGUAUUCAUCAUACAGCCGUUUCACUAAAUGUGUCUCCAUAGUAUGGAAGACAAGCGAGUUUGUUGAGAUGCAGACUGGAUCGAAAUCGAUCUUGGAGGCAGAGCUGCUCUUGAGACAGAAGUGAUCUCAUUGGUUGAAUUCGAACUUGAUGGGCGGAGCCAUGGAACCUCAGGUUGUUUCGAAUAGAAUUUUUCAACAC